AUGUCCAAGAAAGCAGGCACUCCUGCUUACGCGCCGGUCUACGUGGAGAGCAAGCUCUUAAAGCUUGACGACGUGUCGGUCGCCCAUGAUUCCGGCCAUCGGGACGUCGAUGAGGAUCGUGUCCUGGAGUUGUAUGAGAAGGUGAUUUUGGCCGGUCGUUGGGGCCAGGCUUCGUUGUCCCGACCGAAGCUGAGGUAUGAUCCUGCUGGUCGUCCUAUGGCCGCAUCUGAUGGCCGGUCGAAGCUGGCAGAUGGCAAGCACUGUAUCGCAGCGUUGAAGAAAGCUGCUGAGACGGUCGCUCAGUCCGAUGAUGCAACGCAGCUCGAGUGGUACACAGGUGAGAUCAAGGACAUUCUGACGGUCGGAAUGCGUUUUGAUUGCAUCAAAUUCUCGGAUGAUGAUGAGGCGGCGGUCAAGCUCUUCUACACCAUGGCCCAUGAGCAGGAGGCCAACAAGUUGCGGACGACGUCGGUCGAGCACAAGAUCAAACUUGUGCGUGCUUAUGUCGCCAAAGACGCCGAGAACGCCAUGGUGGAAAUUUUGGGCAAGUCACGCCGGUCAACAAUCCACAACUGGUGCAAAGCGACUGCAGUGUUAAAAGAGCCGGUCCUGAUCAAGCUGAAGGAGAAGCCCGACCUGCCACAGGGACUUGUUUUCACGAACAAGUACUUCGUCGGUCAAGGAGAAGAGACACGCUUCCUCCUGGAACCCGAGCAGCAGAUUGCACAGUUGUGGUGUCAGUUGGUCAUGAAGAAGUACUCGUCGGUCGUGAGCCGCCUACCAGCGUAUGACCGCUGUCAGAAGAUGCUGUGGAGUGAGCGUGGACGGACGUGCAUGCGUCUUGGCGUCGGUCUGUCUGGUGACCCGAAGAUCGAGGGCAGUGGCAUCCCUGAGUGUGUGUCGGUCCUCCAAGGGUUGAAGAAUCUGGCCGCUGGUCGUGCAGUGGAUGAAGCCGAAAGUGCUGUGGAUGCGGCCAAAGCAACGGUCACAGAGCACAAGCUGGUCGUUGAGGGGGGAGACGACGAGUCUGGGAUCUUGGCUGACGACAUCACGAUGGAGGCCCCACUGGUGGAGAAGGAUCCUGUUCUUGAAAAAGCUGAGGAGCUCGGCUUGUCGGUCCGAUCCAACAUUCAUCUGUUUCAUGACAUGAAGACCUUUGGUGAUGGCUUCGUCGGUCUAUGCCGGGCGACGACCCGUGGCGGCAUUUACAUCGAUGAGGUCGUCACGUCGGUCGUAGAUCGGCAAUACGUGUCCAUGGGCAUCUUCUGUGGAAAGCGCCACGACUUAGUGACGUUGGUCGUGACAGGGACGGUCGACCCUCCAUUGAAGCGCCUUCGAGUCAAAACCUUCUUGAAAAACUUAGAUCAGAGCCGGUCGCGAUGGAAGCAGAUGUCAAAAAAGGAGAAACAACCCUUUGUGGACGCGGCGGUCAAGGAUCACAGAAAGCACAACGCCCUCAAGAGGGAGCUCGCUCAUCCUCCAGUGGAAGUCGACUCGCCGGUCAGAGACCCGAAGCCUGAGAAUGAUAGUGACCAGCAGCCACCGGUCGAUGAGAACCUCGUCAAUGAAUUGAGGUUCUCCUUUGAAGGCAUGGCACUUUCCAGUCGGUCGACCCUGGGACAAGGCGCCCAUGGCACAGUUUACCGCUGUGAAAACUUGAUGGGAACGGAGUUCGCAGUGAA